AUGGCUUCCCGAGGGAACAACACUUUGACAAAUACUUCGCGCUUGCUAUGGCAGAGCAGCUUGCCACCGCAACAAAGUUGGCUGGGGAUGAGAAAGCCCCGACUUACAACGCCAUUGCGUGCACCCUUUGGGAGAAGCUUCCAGUUCCGAAGAAACAAUUCAAAGCGUAUAUUGUUACCCUGUUGGCUGACAAGGAGUACGCCAAAGUACUUGAGGCGGUCACCAAAGGUGACAAGUCAUUUAAAACUUCAGCCUCCAGCUUCAGUGGGGUCACAGCCCAGCCUUUUCCUCGUUCAUACUAGACGGCCAAGAGUUUUCUUUUACGCUUACGGCGCUCCUGGUCAUAUUGUUACCAGGUGCUUUAAGAGGUUUGGUGGUCGCAGUUACCCGCAGUCUCGUCCUCGUCCACUUAUGUCACCUCCUAGUGGCCCGAAAUACAUGGCGUUUUUCCCCUUUCAUUGUUAUUCAAAGGCGGACGCUGACAUUUGUUUCUUUGUAUCCUGUCUUUGCUUGUGUAGCAGUCUGUUCUCGUUAUUUUUAAUGGCAAGCUUUGAAUUAAAGUUUAAAGUAUAUUUUGUUACUUGAAUGUUUCGUCUCCUAUUACUCCAGUCCGUUGUUUACCCGUUUGCUGAGGGCUGAACGCAGGUUUCCUUCAGUAUUUCUUCUUAUUUUAGGCUAUUUGUUUUAUAGUACUUUCAUUUUCAUAGUUGCGAGCCUUUCAGCUCACUUUGUUAGUCAACCUUAGGGGUGUCAUACAUCCUUUCUUGAGUUCAACCCUGAACUUAUCUCUUCUUCCCCUUUAAUUUUUAAUUUCCAGCCUCCACCCAAGCGUAUUAGACUCUCUUAAGGUCGGUACACACUAGGCGACAAGUUGCAGCAACAAGUCGCCGUGACAGAUCACUUGGUGUGUACAGGUUCGGCGACAAGUUGCAGCAACAUGUUACGGCGACACAUCGCAGCGACAAAUCGCUUCGUGUCUACUGGGGAAAUUUUGUGAAAAUCUUUGUCUCUGCAACAGAAUUUUGUCGCUGCAACAGGUCGCACGCCAAAAUUCUGUUGCAGAGAAAAGGAUUUUCACAAAAUGUCCCUAGUACACACGAAGAGAUUUGUCGCUGCGACGCACAUGUUGCUGCAACUUGUCGCCUAGUCUGUACCGACCUUUACGCUGUUCCAGAUCGUGGGAGCGUACGGAUAAGUUUGAUCCGUUGUCUGUCAAACAUAACAGCAUUUCCUGGGUUCAUCACGAUGGCAAGGCCCUAGAGCCUCGUCCUCACUCCCCUCAACCUUAUAAUACUCACUUGUCUACAAUUUGGAUCAACAGUGUUAUUUGCGGCGACUUAGCAGCGGACGUUUCAAUGCUUACCUUUCCAGACCCCGCUAAUAUUCUUGCCGGUCAGCUGCAUCAGCAUCUC